AUGAGUGAAAAUAUUUCUGCUAUUUCUGAAAUCUCUUCUAUUUCUUCCUCUGCUGCCACCACCGCAUCUUCUUCACCCAAUAUUCUUGAAUCUGAUCAAACAGUCAACAACGACAAUAAAAAUAAAAACAACAAUCAUCAUCAUAAUGUUGAUUCACUUCCUCAAAUUAAACUUCCAUUUCCACCAGUGAUUGAUCCAUCAGACUUGAUUCAUCCUAGCAAACCAGUUACAAGUAUUUCUGCAUUCGACGAACCUCAUAAACCAUCACGUGCACCAAAUGCAUUCAUCAUUUAUCGUAAAGCUUUUGUUAAGGCGGCUAGAGAUGAAGGCCAUUGUCUACCAAUGACCGUGAUUUCUUCAAUGGCUUCUGCAGCCUGGGAAAAAGAGUCUGAGGAAGUUAAGACAGAGUAUAAACGUAUUUCAAAAGAAGCUCAUUUGAAAAAGAAGGCAAUCUCAAAAGACACAAAUCCCACGCCCAAAUUCCAUCCCGGGCCUUGUCAGGGAAAGGAAAUGUUUCGUCGACUAUCGAAUGUUUCAAAUGUUGCGUCAACUAACGUUCUAAAAGGUGGAGUUGGUGGUAAUAGUAGUGGUGUUUACUAUAUUGGAAAUUUGUUUGGUAAUAAUGGUUGUGUUUAUGGAAGAGGAUUAUUUGGUGCUAAAACUAGUGCUAAAAAACCCAUAAAAAAGGCGACUAUAAAGAAGAAAGUAGCUGCAAAGAAGGCAGCAGUACCUGUUAAAAAAGCAGCACUUCCCAAAAUUACAAAACCGGAACCUAAAAGACCAAAUACGCCAUAUUCUAUAUUCUUUAAUGAAGAAUACAAGAUGGAAAUAGAGAAAGAUCCUACCCUUAAGGUGCCAAGAAUUGGUAAAAUUUUAGGUGAAAAAUGGAGAAAUUUACCCGAUGAUAUGAAAGAGAGUUAUAAAGCGAGAUAUCUUCAAGAAAGAGAAGAGUAUAAGAAGAAUUAUGAGAAAUGGUAUAAUUCUUUGACAGUAGAUGAUAUUAAACUUGAGAAUAAACAUCGUAAAUUGAGAAAGAGACGAGGAAAAAAACUUUUGAAAAUUCCAAAUAUGCCCAAAAGACCAACCAGUCCUUAUAUUUAUUUCGUUGUAAAAAAUAUGGAUGUAAAUGAUGGUGAAAAGUCUACAGUUCGUGUGUCCAAACUUGCAGAAAAAUGGAGAAAUUUAUUGGAUAAAGAAAAGAAGAUCUACCAAGAUUUAAGUGAAAAGGAUAAAAAGAGAUAUUUAGACGAGAUGGUAGAAUUCGAGAAAAAACAAGUGGUGGCUUGA